AUGAAGUCUUUAAACUCGCCAAAAUCUCAUCGACUCCUUGAUUUUGUUCCGUCAAUUAGGCCAUCAUUCCUUUCUGUCAUAUUAGUUUUCGUUGGCGGGUGUCUCUGGGUGAAGAAUGAAACAACAAACGAGCGAGUGAUCGCACUGGAAUCCCGUAUUAAUUACUUGCCCUGCUUGUUUAAUGGAUGACUCGUUCGUCGACAAAAGUUACGCCAAAAGAUCUUUACAAGAAGAUGCGGACACAUUUUUCAGGAGGGAUCUCCCAUACCUCAGGUAAAAUGCUAGGGCCUUAUGUCUUGAAGCAAGUACUUAAGCAAGUAUUAGGUAAAUGUUACUUAUAGGUAGCUAAGUUGAAUGAUAUUGCAUUGUUUUUUGUUUCUUAUUAGUUUAGCAUAAGGCCACUCAUAUUUGCAAAAAGAACACUGUACAAUGAUAUUGAUUUUCUUAGAGCCUUUGUUUACAGACAAACCUCUUUAAUAAGGAGAGGUUAGACUGUAUAGAAAUUGCUUUCCUUCUUUUUCUCUCGGCGAUUAAAUUUUCCCCUUCUUCUUCCCUUUCAAAAGCCUUCCAUGCAGGUAAGGUCUAGCAGGAAACUAGGUUUACUUUAACAGAAGCAAACCCUUUGGGUUAUAUUACAAGACAUGAAUUUGGACUGAUGACAAGACAAAAGGUCAUUAAUUGCGUGAUACUAUGAAUUGAAAGGAACUAAUAAUAGCUCAGGAUAAACUGUAGGAUGAAGUUAGAUCCACAAAUCCAAACAUACAAACAAAAACAGCAUGCCCAGUAAGAGAGGUAGCAAUGAAGCGCAAAAAUUCCCAGGAAAUUCCACUGAAGAAACAGGAGAAGAAGGAAAAGGAUCGAUAGUCGCUCGGCGGACUAAGGGACAGGUGCUGGUGUCUCUCUCCUAUAAAUAGUUCAAUCAAUAGAAACAGUCAGAUAAAAUGGAGAUUCGAAAAUAAAAAUAAUAGGGAAAAGAAAAGAAACGGUUAUUAACCACCCUGUCUGUGCUGAACUGGCCUAAUGUAGUACUAACCCAUUGGUAUAACGACAGACCCCCUAAUGCGAAAAACUUGAUACAUUAAUUUUUAUAAUUUCUAUAACAACAUUUUUACCGCAGCCGUGCCGUUGUCAAAAAUGGUAUUUACAACAACCAUCCGACCAAGAAACCGAAGGCAAGUAUUAAACGACACUUCAAAUAGUAUCACAGUAAAUGACGUAAGAGAAGAAAUCGCAAAACAGCUUGAGAAACUUAUGCCACUCAAGUACUGUAAGUCAAGUGAAAAGAUAUGCCCCGCAGGUCCCCCCGGAUUUCCUGGUCCAACAGGGGCAAUGGGACCACGUGACAGGAGGGGACAAAAGGGAAAGAAAGGGCCUCAAGGUUCCAUGGGACCACCUGGAAAAUCCGGAAAAACAGAAAUGACGGGUCCUGCGGGACCGAGAGGAGAAAAGGGAGACAAAGGAGAGCCUGGGCCAAAAGGCAUGCCGGGACCACCUGGAAGGCCUGGGAAAUCGAUAUCUGCACCACAAGUAAUGUUGUCACCGGAAGAACAGACCAGGGAUGAAGGAGGAAAUACGACUUUUUACUGCACAGUUGGCGGAAAUCCUCCCCCUGCGGUCGAAUGGCGUUUCAUGGAUAGAAAGCUUAGGCCAGGUGCAAAGUAUUUGAUUAAAGUGGAAGAGUUAAUAGUGAAGAAUCUGAACUACAGUGAUGCCGGGCAGUACACGUGUCGGGCCAGGAACAUUCUUGGAUCUUCUGGGGCCACUGGUAACUUGUCUAUUAGAGGUAAGAGCUUCUUAGACAUAACAAUUGACGCCUGUAAAGGGCAAGGAUUAUAUCACACUCAAAGUUGAGAUUUUACUGGUCACCUUAUUUAUUGUUGCUUUAAUUCAGUCUUUUGUUUUGUGUGUGUUGCUUUUGUUUGUUUGUUUACCUUUUUGUCUCGCUGUCAACUUCUACAAACAGUAUGCCGCUAAAAUUAAUACUUAUAAGUAUCUGCAAUUAUUUACUUAUUAAAAUAUGACAACUUAUGAAAUUAGCACCACCUUUUAGAACUGAUGCUUCUUCGUCCCAAACCUCGCAGUGGUUUCUAUUCAGAUUUUCGUUGUUAUAAAUCGCUUGUUUAUCGUUUUCUGUCAGGUCUUCCAAUUUUCACAAACGUUCCACCAUCACUCGCUACACCAGUAGAGCGCACUAAUUUUCAAGUAGUUUGUCAAGCUGAAGGUUUCCCUCGUCCUGUCAUCAACUGGAGUAGACUGAGAAUGCCUUUGCCAGCUGGAAGGACUGAAGUAAAUCAAGGGACACUAAUCAUUAAGAAUUUGAUUCCUGCUGACAGCGGUUUGUACGAGUGCGUUGCAACGAACACAAUGGGGACAAAGAAGGCCACAAUCAACGUGGCAGUUCAACAACUAAAGCUAGGUAUGUGUGCGUGUGUUUUUUGUUAUUGUUGUUUUUGCUUUUUUUUUACAGGGGCACCCAACGAGAGCAUAGUUUAAAAUCGCUUAAAUAUAGCACUGUUGAACCCAGUUUUAGCAUUUAAAAGGUAGAUAUAGGCAUGUUUUUAUCCCCUAAAAAUUUUUCAUCUGUUCGGAUUUCCUAGCUGAAAGUCUUGUGAUCCGAGAAUUAUAGGGAUCAAAACUUAUCUUUUCGAAAAUUUCAGUCAAAAAAAAGGCUCCCGAAAAUUCAAGGUGACUUUUUUAGGGUAAAAAUCCGUUAAACAUGAACAAUUAUACCAUUUUUUAGAUGUUCGAAAAUCCUAGGUCGGAAGGCCACGCAAGCAAGAAAUUUUACAAUAAAUGUUCCGAAAAUUCUAGAUCUCAAAUCGUCUUCCGAACAGAUAUUUUCCAAAAAUUGACGUUGGGUGUCCCUGUUUUUCCUUAUCAGAGAGUCCUUCUGGUAACUGCAGUACCCUUAGAUGUUCUCAUUUAUGUGUGAGCUUUUAAGCCGAACUUUCUGACUCUGAUCUAUUCAUUAACCUGAAAUAAUAUAUUUUUCUAUCUCAUUUUACCGGUAAACAAAUAAAUUAAAUCAAAUUAAAAUCCACUGAAGUUUUUUUAUGCUGCUUUGCAGAGUGUUUUGAAAAGCAAAUCGAUCCUUUUCUUGGAUUGUAAGUCUUUGCGCUUAGAAAGAAUGUAUGGGUGUGUGUGUUUUUUAAUUGAAAUGAUUUUUUUAAAUCGAAAUGAACAGGAGCUUAUGAAAUGAAAUGACUUGUAAAUAUUGCUUUGACUGAUUUUUUUUUUUUUUCUUCUUCAGCGAAAUUAAUUGUAAAUGGGUUUUAAUAGUUAGUAUAAAAUUAAUGACAAAUGAGAGUAUUUGUUGUUGGGAAAGAAAAUUCCCAGCUAUGAGAAAAGUGUGAUGGAAUGAGGGCCUGCCUGUCAAUUUAUCUCUGUUAUAUCCCUCUCGUUCUUGUAUAGUAUUUAUGACGUUAAAAAGCCAACAUAAUUCAUAUUGACGUUAGCGGUCGUUUGUUAUCAUGCCUCACCCCAUGAAAAGGCAUCCGGAUUCCGGAAUCUGACAAAUUUUUGCUUGUCACAUCCGAAAUCCAGGAACUGAUUUUUGCUUUUGGAUUCCGAAUUCGUGUACAUUGAAAUACGGAAAACAGCUCAAGGAAUCCGGAAUCCAUCUAACGACUGGAUUUCGGAAUCCAAGUUCCACUGACAUCGUCCGGAACCCAGUACCGGGAAUCUAGAAUUAAUCCAAGACUGUCUUGUAUUCCCUUACAUGGUGCGAAGAUUUAAUGCUGGUCGAUAUUUAUUCAGAUUUAGAAGACUCCUUUAUCGUGGGAAACAGCAGCAAUUAUUUGAGGACUUUGAGAGGCUGGCUAUCCUCUAUAGCACGAAGUGCGAAUUCUGCCUGGAAACUUUGCUGGCGUGCAUCUGUUGACGGAUGGGCUGCAAGAACAUUUCACUCACGAUGUGAUGGCAAGGGACCGACUGUAACCAUAAUAAGAGUCGGGAGAUAUAUCUUUGGAGGAUAUACCAGUGUAUCAUGGGGUAAGCUAACAUGAUUGCAAAAAGACAUAAUUUUACUACUUACGGUUACCAGCGGUUACCAACGUGGGUCAGUGUUUCGUCUUGAGGGCUUUGCACAGGUUACCCAACCACUCGUCUGUCUUCACAUUCUGUUUUCCAAGCUUUAAUUGUUUUUUUUUCUGUGACGGUAUUUAAAAUGGAAAUUAUUAGUAAGUCUGUGUUAACGUGGUUAAAAUAGUAGCAAUUGUUUUUUGUUAGUUUGUUUGUUUGUUGUUGUUGUUGUUGUUUUUUUUUUUUGCGCAAUAUCAGAAAUGCAGUAAGUAUUAGCAGUUUUACAUCAGGCUUGUAAUUUUUUUAUAUCCUGCAGCAUGGAUGCAAAUUCAGAGUAGCUGACUGAUGGUGAACAAUUUGAUUUGAUAUUUUGUUUACCUUUAGUCAGCUACUUAAUUUGAUUCCAUCUUGCAAGCUACGUGCGACUAAAUGUUUGCAACGGACGAUAGCUUUGUAUCAGUACCAACUGUUUAUCCUAUUCCCAUUUUGCUCAAAAAUCUUGGACAAUAUGUGUGAUCGAAAUCAGGGAUUCUUUUUAUUUCUCGGGACAUGAGCAACCUCCUUUAUGAUUACGACUCUGUACUUUACAAUGUGAGUGAAUAAAUAUUCUGCUAAGGACUCCGUCUAUUUGGUUUUUGCUUGAUCGUAACGGUCUGCGCUUUUCAUUACACAUGGGAAAUCCAGAAACCCAAGCGCAGUAUGAUUGUUCUCUUUUUUUUUAAUCUUCUUCUUGUAGUGAGUCUCAGAUCUCAGUUUAGUUUAGUGUAUCUCUGUCAGUUUGUAUUUUUUGCGUCAGUUCUUCAUUUCUUGGUAAGAUGAAUAAGUAGAUUAAUCGCUCUGUGGUCUAAAGGCGUUUAUAUUCCCUCCUUGCAUUUCUUUUCUGAGAACAACCAUGAACCUUGACCAGUUUUUUCUCGUCCAUUGGCAAAUGAAGACCUGUCGUGAAUGCUAACGCAGAAACUUCACGAUUUCACAGUUUCAAGGGUUUAUUCCAAAUAGGAAAAGUUCACUGCCAAAGGUACACACGAAAUCUAAACCCAACUAACUAAAAAAAUUCAGAUAACAUGCUUAAAAACAAGGUAUUGAAAUUGAUCCCUUAAUGAUAUACAUUCCGAUCACUACCACGAUAAUUAAGUGUCCAUCUUAAUUGUCACGCAAUGUUAUAAUCUCACACAGACCUCUUUUUCUUAACGAUCAUGGGAUCCUAUACGUCUGAAAAUAAUUGCAGUGGUCAAUGAAGGCCCAAAAGUACUGGACACAUGUACAACAUUAAUGGGCUUGCCUGACUUAGCUUCUUAUGGCUCCCCUUUUUUUGCGGAACCUAUGUUUCUCUUCGGAUGUGCGUUGUGUAACACUUCAACUUACUGCAUGUUAACCUUAUGACUGAGUUGCGUAAAUUACGCUCUGCGCGGGGAAUUUCCAUUACUCCAUAGACUCUUACAAUAUAUUUUUACAUACGCAUUGUUUUGGCUACCCAGAGUUUGUCUUUCUCUUAAAAAGCAGAUUCCCUAUUAUACUAUUUCGUUUUCUUGAAGGAAACGUUUGCUGGAACCAAAGUUCUUAUGCGAUGAAUGUUCCGUUAACCUUUAUAAUUUUUUUGCGAAGGUAACAACACUUUUCCUUAAAUGAAAACGCACUUCCCUUUUAUAAAAUUCAUAGGCAUUGGAGCUUAACCUGCUCAAAAACUCUGCAUUGUUGUGCAUCGUAAAGGAUCAGUUAAACUAUUCUCCCCUCCUCUCCAUUCACUUUUAACAAGAAGAAAACGAAAAGCUUCAAAAAAGUGAAACUGGUAUAUCGUAAAAGCCUGCAAAGCAUUAUCUUGCUAGAUUUUUGAGAACGUACCGAACAAACUAAAAUCGUCGUUUUUAUCCCCAAAAGCUAGGUAGCAGUUAUUCUUUCUUCUUUCACUUUCCAUAAAAGUAACAAACACGCUUUGCGCAUUUUUUGUUUGAACGUUUAAUUUCAACUAACGUGGGUUCCAUGUGCUAAAAGCUCAAAAUGUUUAACGCUUAAUUUUGACAUGUUCCACCGAACGGAUUUUGGCGGAUUUUUAGUAUGUUGCUAGAUGGGCCACCCUUACUUAAAAGGCGUUGAAAACAAUUCUGUUGCAAUUAGUUUGAUGUUGAGCCUCAAAAAUGCCUAGACUGACUGGACUAUCAGGCCAAUUGUGAUGAACGGAUUAUUUUUUAAAAGUUUUGGGAAGCCUUUAGAUACAAUUUCUGUACCAAACGUUUGUACUUUUAAGGCCUGUUAAAGGGCGAUAAUUAGUUUUACUAUAAUGUGCCCUUCUACAUUCUAAAUUUUCUUGCUAACAUUAUAUAAUUAUGUACACGUAGUUUAAACAACCUCCUGCUAAUUUAUUGUACAAAUAAAGUAUUAUCUAUAGAAUGGAGUAAAAAAAUACGAAUAAAAUACAAACACUUUUAAGGCGAUGGAGCCUGCUACAUCAACUAUUUGUACUUUGAUAAGAAAAACUGAAUUAAAAAGUUCAUGACUUAGUUCAAACGAGAACUUCAAACCUGGUGGCAAUUUAGUGUGUAAACUGCGUUUGAGUGAAUUUACCAUUUAUUUUAAUUGUACAUCCGUCUGUUAAUUUGUUCAGUUAAAAUAUGAUGAAUAUAAAUAUUUUCUGGAAUAAAGAGUGUUUUUUUGUAGAUCAAUUAAUUGAACUUCUUUCCGACAGAUUUUUGCUCAAACAACCGUCGUCUGAUAAGUGCUUUUUGUUUGUUUGUUUGUUUUUUUGUUAAUUUGGUUUUAAAAUGUUUGUACUUGUCCUACAAACACAAAUGGAACAUGUCAGACUCAAACUCGUUUCAAAUUAGAAAAUUUGUUUCCAGGUUUGUCUUCAGAGUCAAUGCACUUGACGGGUGAAAUAAUUUCUAAAGUGAGUAUCAGAACAAACGGCGCUAAUUACAUUUGGUUCCAUCUUUAAUUUCUCUCUGAUAGAUUCCAGCAGUGGGUACCAGUACGACUCUAAAGCUUUUUGUUUUCACUGGUGA